GAUGAAGUCCUACUACUCAUCGUCGGAGAUGAGAGGAUAUUGCUCGCCUUUCCAGAAACUGUUUCGAUAAGACUGACACAAAGCAUCUCGUCGCCGUGGAUCUAUAACGGUCACGUGGAAUCACCGGCAAACUUUCCCGCUGAAGUGCCCAAUCCCAGAGUAAACACUGUAUGUUAAUACACUCACUUCUCUCCUCGACAGGAUGCGCUGAGAAAUUCAUCUACCUGAAACUGAGGAAAUGUCGCAGUCUGCUCCUCAUGCACCCUCUGUGGUCGUCAAUGCUCAAAACAACAGGCAACAAGUGCCACUGAGAGACUAUCUGAAUGCCCGAGUUGCGCCGUUCCUGAAGCAGGCUAUUACUGAAAGCCUGGGUGCAGAAGCUGAAUUUCCGCUGCAAUGGCUGGGAGAAUGUCUGAUCCAUCAAUCAAUUCUGUACGAAGGGAAUCCUGACCGAACGAACAUCCGCGAUCACUUCCUUUACAAGUUCGAGAAUCCAAAGCCCUCAGAGCAAGCGGCGCAGCAGCCUCCGCCAGCGCCUGCUUCAGCUCCGUCAGAUGUUGCGCCACCAGAAGAGCCUGCUCAGCAGCAGCAGCUAGAAAGCACAGUAAAUGAAGAACCUCAGGCGAGUGCGGCUACUUCUACAGCUCCUCUAGAGCCUGAGCAGCCGAUGGCAUCGACACCCGAUGCGCCUGUGACCAACGGCGUGUCGGAGACUGCCGAGACCAAGGCAGAAGAAGUUCCCAGAGAUGGAGAUACCGAAAUGGGUGGCACAUCAUGAAGAAGGAAAAUGUGAUUUUGAAUGCAUGCAUAGCGGAGGCGUUUGGUGGGCCGCGAGAAGGAUUUGUAUAAAAGAGUCAAAGUUGAUACCCAUGGGUGGACGAACAGGUACGACUACGGUUUCGACAUUUCUGUGAAAGAAGGUCGACAUAGGUGCAGACUUAAAGAACUAUGGCUUCCAGAAAUAAUCCAGGAACGAUUCCACCA